GAAAAACUGAACAGCCAACUCUUUCAAUACCACUAAACAAUGAACGACUUUUUAUGCGCCCAAAAUGUUACAAUUAACUUUCAUGAACUGAAAACACGCUGUGAAAUAGCGACAGCUACACCUAUACUGUGAAUCUGGGGUUACAUGGUUACGUUACGUAAUCAACGUUGUUGCCAUGGUAGCAACUUGUGGAUCAUAAUGUAGCCAUGCUCUAAAGUAUUCCCUGCGUUAUAGUUUAUUUUACUCUACAUGGGACCAUAAUUUACAAAAUCAACAUCAUGAUGCAUUGAAGAAGACUUGAAACUAGUGAUUGAGACUAUAAACUUAUUAGGAAAGUAUUUGCUGAGGUAAUAAAUCAAGUGAGAAGUAGGGUCAUUCUAACAUAGUAGCCAUAUUGGCUUGUGAUUAAAAAGUUAAUCAGAAGCUCUGGCCAUAAUACAUGUCUGGAGGGGAUCUUAAAAAAAAGUUUAUGAGACUUUUAUGUUGAAGCUGCUAAAGAGCGCUUUGUAGGAUCUUUAUUUUGAAGUCCGGUAGCGACCUCCUCCCGGAAGUGUGUUUCAUCAUCUGGUCCGACGUCCUAUCUGCUGUGCUGGGGGGGAUGGCAGACUGAGUGACAGAUGAAGUGCUCGGUACAUCAGUUUGCGUGAAUCUUCACGUUACUUUGGCAUGUAUGUUAGAUAUCAGAGAACAGUAGAAUGCAGCUGCUCACCCCUCAAGUUUACUGGGCUCAGCGGCACGGAGAGAUUUAUCUCCGGGUGGAGCUGAGCGAUGCCAAGAAUCUGGACAUCAGCCUGCAAGAGAAAACACUUCAGUUCAGAGCACAGGGCCACGGAGCUAAAGGAGAUAAUGAAUACACCUUCAGUUUGGAGUUCCUGGAAGCUGUCAGACCUGAGUUCAACCAUAAAUCCACCCAGCGUCAGGUGGACAUCAAAGUGAGGAAGCAGGAGGAGCGCUGGUGGGACCGACUGACACUGCAGGAGAAGAAGCCUCUGUUUCUGGCUCCUGAUUUCGACCGCUGGCUGGAAGAGUCCGACGCUGAGAUGGAGCUUCAGGCGAAGGAGGAAGAAAAGAUAAACAGGAUAAGUGUGGAGUCGAGAGUUCGUGAAGACCCUUACCUCGGACUGAAGAGAGGCUACUUGUUCAUGUACAACCUGGUGCAGUUCCUGGGAUUCUCCUGGAUCUUUGUCAACAUGACUGUUCGACUCUUCAUUCUUGGUCAAGAUUCGUUCUACGAUACCUUCCACACCACGGCCGAUAUGAUGUACUUCUGUCAGAUGUUGGCCGUGAUCGAGGUCGUUAAUCCCUUGUUGGGUCUGGUUAAGACUGGGUUUUUUCCUGCUAUGAUACAGGUGGCGGGGAGGAACGUCAUUCUCUUCGUCAUCUUCGGCAGCUUGGAGGACAUGCAGAACAAACCCGUCGUCUUCUUCGUGUUCUACCUGUGGAGCACCAUCGAGAUCUUCAGGUACCCUUUCUACAUGCUGGCCUGCAUCGGCACAGAGUGGAAGAUGUUAACGUGGCUGAGAUACAGCAUCUGGAUCCCUCUGUACCCGCUGGGGGUCGUAGCUGAAGCGGUGGCGGUGAUCCAGUCCCUGCCGAUCUUUGAUGAGACCCGUCUGUUCAGCCUCCCCCUCCCCGCGGUGCUGGGACACUCUUUAAGCUUCUCGUACACUCUGCAGCUCUACCUGGUCCUCAUGUUCCUGGGACUUUUCAUCAAUUUCCGACACCUGUACAAGCAGAGGAGGAGACGAUACCGCUCCAGGAAAAGGAAAGUCCACUAACUGAUCAUCACGUUGCACACACCCUGAACUGCUGUCCACUUCAAGAUAUUUCUUUUUUCUUAUUGCCUUUUCCUUCACACACACACACACAACAACACACACAGAUAGACUUGAUGUUGGAGUACUGGUCACUUUAUUCCUCCACUGGGUGAACUGGUCACCUUCUCCAGACCCAAACCAUGUAAAUCCCACCAGCUCAACGACUCACUGUUGAACAGACGUCACCUGAAAACACUGUACAGGUCGUUCUUUGCUACCGUGAGUUUGAGUUGUAAUAAUGUUUAUUAUCUAAACACUAGAGGUGUCUGUCUGGCACACACUCUGUUUAUUUCUGUUGAUGUUCCACACUCCUCCUACUCCCAAUAAUGGUCAACUGAACAGCAAUCAGAGUUCACAUUAUAGCAGUUUAUUUCCCAAAACGUCAGAGAUGAGCAGUACUCAGGACAACAAAUAAAAAUCCACUAAUCCCAACUCUAAACUUCCCCAACAAAAAGCAAAGUUUAAAAAAGCUCUUAUCUAACUCCUGACUAUAACAACAUUCAAUUCAAUUUUAUUUAUAUAGCAACAAAUCCAACAAUUCCCCCAUGAGCAGCACUCAGUGACAGCG